GUUCCGUGAUGUUUUUUCAGACUUUACUUAUUAGAAUCUUGUAGGACGUUUUAAUACAGCGACUGCUGCGUUGAUGAGCCAGACACUCGUAUGCUCGUUGUCUUGUUCUUGAUCAUUUUCUUUUCUCGGAGUGUUUAACAUUGUGAUACUUACCGAAUUGAAUAAAUUUUACCGUGUAUUAAUGACGUUAUUUUAAUUGCGCGCGCAUUUGUCUCAUGAUUUAAUCAUAAGCUGCAUCUAAAAUUUAUUUGUUAGGUACAUUUCCGCGUGAAAAAUUUCUGAUACUUGGACAAUUGUAUUGUAAACAAUCAGCUGCUGCGGUGUUGUUGUUACUCGCAUAAUUAACUUCCAUAAUGUAAAAAGUCGCACGAUUUAUAAAAUGCGGUUUUGUGGUUUUAUUUUACUUGGACUAUUCGUGCAUUCUCAUGCUGCAUUCAUAUUUCCCGCCUCUCCAUGUCCGAGGGUAUUUACCUACGAAGAUGUAUCAGCUGAACGAGAUAAAUGGUACGGUGAGCUGACCCAUACACCGUCUAACACCAUUAUCGGGGUUACAAUCAGAUUUUUGUUGGACAGACCAGCCCAUCUAUUUGUGUCAUGGGACGACCCUGUAACGUCAAACGACAACCAACUUUUUAUUAUGAAUAAUAAUUCAGUUCGGAUAGAAGCGGGGGAGACUAUUCAUUACAAAGUGAUGGUAAAAUUCGACCCAUCGUUACCAGUUCCUUUCGUUCAAACAAUUCAUUUCAACGGCAGAAGAAUUUGCCCACCAGAUCUACCUCUAACCUUAUCUGUGGGAGAAGGUGUUACAAAUCCGCGACCAGAUUUGGAAUUUCCCGAUCCCUUCGAUAGUGUGCCAGACAUUCAAGGGACAAAAACUACUCGUUAUGGGAUUUACGCCAGUACUACCGAAUUAGACAGAAACCCGGCUUCCAGAGAUCCGGAUUAUCCAUGUGGUUUAGUGAAUAUCGCUGUGCCCCUCAUAACCCAUGGAGCAGUGACUUCAAAAGGUCAGUGGCCUUGGCAUGUUGCAUUAUACAGAGCAGAAGGAGUAAAUUUAAAUUUCAACUGCGGAGCUACUUUGGUUUCCAAAAAUAAAGUAAUUACUGCUGCUCAUUGCGUAACGACGGGAGAUACUGUCAAGAAACUGAUAAAUCCUAAUCAAAUUGUUUUGUACCUUGGUAAACAUAAGUUGAAUCAAUUUGUCGAAGAUGGUUCUCAAACAAGACAAGUUUCAAAAAUAGUUACUCAUCCGAGUUACAACGGAGAGAGUCAUUAUGGUGAUGUUGCAGUAUUAACUCUGUCAAAGAAUAUCGAUUACACCAAUUUUGUAAGGCCUAUUUGUAUUUGGGAAUCUGUCAAUGGAAUUUCAGAUAUUAUAGACAGAGAAGGAAGCGUAGUUGGAUGGGGCUUAGAUGAAAAUGAGCAAACAGCAGAUACAUUGAAGGUAGCCAGGUUACCUGUGGUUUCUAUGGAAACUUGUAUAAAAAGCUAUCCACUAUUUUACUCUCAGUUUACUUCAAAUGGAACUUUUUGUGCUGGAUCUCGCAACGGUACUAGUCCUUGUAAUGGAGAUAGUGGCGGUGGUAUUGUAUUCAACAGAAAUAACGUGUGGUAUUUGAGAGGACUUGUUUCACUUUCAGUCGCAAAAAAUGGAUAUUUAUGCGAUUCCAAGAAUUAUGUUGUAUUCACAGAUUUAACGAAAUUCAGCGAUUUUAUUCAGGCAAAUCUGUGAUAAUUAGAUAAUUUUCUACGCUAUAGUUAGGUGCCUAGUAGUCAUUUUUCUCGAAAGUUUAGUGUUAAAUAUUUUAUUUUGACUUCGGUUUUUUUUUUUUUUUUUGGUAAUAUGUAAAUACCUUCUUUUAUAUUUAAGUUAAUAGCGAAUGUACCUAUCUAUUGAUUUUUUCGUAUUUAUUCGAUACCUACCUACUUGUGUGUUUUUUUUCGAAGGAUUUUUACAAAAUGUAUUUUUAUAAAAUAAAUUACGUCGCGUUGAGUAA